GCGCCAGGCGGGGAUUCCCGGGGAUUCCCGCCGGCCCCGCCCCUCCCUCCGCGCGCGCUUUCCGGGAAAAGGCUGCGGCUGCUGGGAAGGGACCGGGGCGACAUCGGCCACACCGGGACCCUCCGGGACCGGGACACACUGGGAGCAGCACCGGGACCCGCACGGACCUCCGGGGCUCCCCGGAACCACCGGCGAGAAGAACCGCGAGCGAUUCUUCCGGGAACCGGGAGGCAGCAGGACCAGACCGAGACCCACCGGGAACCGGCAGGAGCAGACCGAGACCCACCGGGAGGCAGCAGGAGCAGACCGAGCCCCACCGGGUGGCAGCAGGACCAGACCGAGACCCACCGGGAGGCAGCAGGACCCGACCGAGACCCACCGGGGGCCAGCAGGAGCAGACCGAGACCCACCGGGAGGCAGCAGGACCAGACCGAGACCCACCGGGAGCCAGCAGGACCAGACCGAGACCCACCGGGAGCCAGCAGGACCAGACCGAGACCCACCGGGAGGCAGCAGGAGCAGACCGAGACCAACCGAGCCCCACGGGAGCCGGCAGGACCAGACCGAGACCCACCGGGAGGCAGCAGGACCAGACCGAGACCCACCGGGAGGCAGCAGGACCAGACCGAGACCCACCGGGAGGCAGCAGGAGCAGACCGAGACCAAACCGAGCCCCACCGGGAGCCGGCAGGACCCGACCGAGACCCACCGGGAGCCAGCAGGACCAGACCGAGACCAAACCGAGACCCACCGGGAGCCAGCAGGACCAGACCGAGCCCCACCGGGAGCCAGCAGCACCCCCCGGUCCCCAUGUCCCCGGUGCUGUCUCCCCCCAUUCGGCGGCUCCUGGCCCUGCUGGGCCCCGAGCGUGGGCGCUGGACGCUGGUGGGGGGGCUGAUGUUGGCUUCUGCUCUCGGUGAGGUGGCCGCCCCCUACUUCACGGGCCGUGUCACCGACCGGGUGGCCGAGCAGGACGCGACAGCGGCCGUGUGGCCCCUCGUGCUGGUGGGGCUCGGCAGUGCCAUCACCGAGCUGGGCUGUGACAGCCUCGCGGCCGUGGCGCUGACACGGAGCCGGGACCGGCUGCAGCGGGCGGCGGUGGCCGCGGUGCUCCGAGGGGACGUGCCCGGCCCGGGGGGCAUCCUUGGGGACACGCCGGGCGCGGUGGCCGCGCGGGUGACAGGGGACGCCGAGGCGGCGCACUCGGCGCUGGCCGAUGAGCUCGUGCCGGGGCUGUGGGCGGUGACACGGGCUGUGUCACUGCUGGCCACGGUGGCCUGGCUGUCCCCUCUGCUGGGGCUGCUGACGCUGCUGGCACUGCCCCUCUUCCUGCUGCUGCCACGCGCUGUCGGGCGCAUCCAACAGGACGUGGCACGGCAGGUGCGGGCGGCUCAGGCCAGCACCAUGGCGGUGGCCCUGGAGUCCCUGGGGGCCAUGGGGACCGUCAGGGCCUUCGGGCACGAGGCCGGUGUCACCGAGCGCGUCCGGCAGCACCUGGCCCGGGGACACCGGCUGGAGCAGAGGGAGGCGCUGGCCUACGCGGCCGGGCUGUGGGCCAGCGGGUUUCCUGGACUGGCCCUGAAACUGGCACUGCUCUUCUUGGGGGGACGCUUGGUGGCUGCAGGGAGUGUCACCCGUGGGGAGCUGGUCACCAUCCUCAUGUGCCAGCUGCACUUCACCAGGGCUGUGGAGGCUGUGCUGCUGUACGUCCCGACCCUGGCCAAGGCCGUUGGCUCCUCUGAGACACUCCUGGAACUGCUGGAGCAGGCCAGGACAGGGACAGUGGCAGGGCCACCGUCACCUGUGCCCCCCCAGAGCUGUGACACCGCAGGGACACGAGGCCUGUGCCUCAAGAAUGUCUGGAUGUCAUACCCUGGGCGGUCCGAGCCAGUCCUCAAGGAUGUGUCGCUGUCGCUGCGACCCGGGGACGUUCUGGUCGUGCUGGCGCCCCCUGGCGGCGGGAAGAGCUCCCUGGUGGCGGCCGCGCUGGGGCUGCGCCCCCUGGCGGCGGGGGCGGCGCUGCUGAACGGGACCCCCCUGUCCCCUCAGUCGGACCCUGCUCUGCGGGAACAGGUGACUGGUGUCCUGCAGUGCCCGUCCCUCUUGUCUCGCAUCCUCAGCGCCAACAUCAGGCUGGGUUGGGGACACAAGGAGGGGACACCGGUGACAGCGGCAGCGCGGCGCGUGGGGGUGCACACCUGGGCCCAGCAGCUGCCGCAGGGUUAUGACACAGAGGUGGGCCCACGGGGGAUGCAGCUUUCAGGGGGACAGGCACAAGGGGUGGCACUGGCCCGGGCACUGCUCAGGAACCCCCAGGUGCUGGUGCUGGAUGAGCCCACGAGGGCACUCGACCCCGUGACACGGCGCCAGGUAGAGCAGGAGCUGCUGUGUCCCCGCCCAGGGGAGGGCCCGGCCGUGCUGCUGGUGACAGCGUGGGUGGCCCUGGCACGGCGGGCACCGAGGGUGGCCCUGCUGGAGGGGGGGCGGCUGCGGGAGCUGGGGAGCCCCGAGGAGCUGAGGACCCUCCCGUGGGGGACAGCGGGGGACACUGAGGAUGGGGAGGGGGAUGACUAGGGCUGGGAGGGGGACACCCAGCCUGUGACAGCCGGCAUGGCGACACCGCGGGGAGGGGGUGACUUGGGGACCAGAGCUGUGACAGCGACCGAGAUCGGUCAAUAAAUGCACAAACCCGCGCGACAA